UUUCCAGACCACGUGACCAGAGAGAAGCUGGACCGAAUCCUGGCCCUGAUCCAAGGCUCCCAUCAGAAGGCCCUGGUGAAGUACUCCAACCUCGACCUGCAGACUCAGGAGGCCUAUGAGAUGGCUGUGAGAGGCUUGAUCCGGCCCAUGAACAAGUCUCCGAUGCUGAUAACCGGCAUCCGCUGCCUCCACUUUGCGCCUCCAGAAUUCCUUUUGGAGGUGCAGUGCAUGCAUGAGACGCAGAAGCAGCUGCGAAAGCUGGUGCAUGAGAUCGGCCUGGAGCUGAAGACCACCGCUGUCUGCUCCCAAGUGCGGCGUACACGUGAUGGCUUCUUCACCAUAGACGAUGCCCUCCUGAGGACCCAGUGGGACCUACACAGCAUCCAGGAUGCCAUCCAGGCGGCAGCCCCCCGGGUGGCAGCAGAACUAGAAAAGAGCUUGAGGCCAUGGCUGGUCACCCAGCAGCUCCCUGGUCCAGGCCAGCACUGGGACUCUGAGGGGCCAAGCUCUGCCUUGAAAGGCCAGGCAGCUGAUGGGGCAGUGGGUGGAUAAAAAGAGUUGACAAGAGUUGUUCAUGAGCCAGAACUGAUGACUGAGGAAAGAGUGGGAGAAGCUUUUCUACUUAUGACAUAAAACAAGCUGUAAGAGAAAAGAUCAACAGAUGUGACCAACUGAAAAGGAAAAAAUUUUUCUAUGCAGGAAAAG